AUGGAUGUUGUCGACUCGUCUCGGCCUAUAGUCCCAUGUGUUUGUAUGAGAACACUGCGUCUUUCCGGAGCAAGUGGAGUUCAUUUGUUGAAGGCUAUUGGAGUGAAGUCUGGAACGAAUCUAUUUCAACAACCAACUGCAAGUUUGACGGCAUUUCAGCUAUGGGGUCACUUCAUGUUCCCUCGAGUUCCGAUGCCACCAGACGCAGUUGUGCCUGUUUCAAUUUCUGAGGCAAAUAAUCUAACAAUGAUUGUUAAUAACAAACUCAUCCAUGAACACCAGAAGAAAAUUGAAUUGAAACCGAUUGACAAUGCAGAAUAUUCCCCGUCGUCAGAUUACAAAGAAAGAGUGCCCGGCUUGAUGUUCAUCUCGUUACAGUUUGGGUCAAUGAAAUACGUUGUUGUUUUGUGCACUAAAGAAGAUGGGUUUUCGAAAGGAUCUCAUAUAGAGGUCCCGAGGCCGUGGAAAAAUCUAAUUCACAGUGACCAUAUGAAUGCUAAUGUUGAUGACAAUGUUGUACUACAAACCAUAUCAUGGGGAGAUCAGAUUGUUCUAAAAUCUGCACCUAUAUCAUCAAAUGAAGUUGAGAAAAAGGAACCGGUUGAUUUGUCAGUUGAUACAAAAUAUUGCUCAGACGCCAGCGGAUUUUCAUGUGAUCGCUGUGGCAAGGUGUUCAGUUAUUCCUACUAUCGUGACAAACACCUCAAGUAUACUAGAUGCGUUGACAACGGUGACAGGAAGUAUCCAUGUCCAAUCUGUCCAAGGUCAUUCGAAAAGAGGGACCGACUUCGAAUACACAUCCUACAUGUGCAUGAAAAUCACCGUCCUCAUUUAUGCACCGUGUGUGGGAAAGCCUUUAGUCAAUCAAGCAGUCUCAACAAGCAUCUUCGCAUUCACUCUGGAGAACGCCCUUACAAGUGUACAUUUUGUCCUAAAGCCUUCACGGCAUCAUCGAUACUUCGUACUCAUGUGCGACAACAUAGUGGUGAAAAACCCUUCAAGUGUGCACAUUGCGGGAAGCCAUUCGCAUCACAUGCUGCUCACGACAGCCACGUUAGACGUACCCAUGGUGGCAGUAAGGGUUGA